UCGGAGAGUCAUAGUUGUUACGUGUCUGUGGAGUUUAGUCAUAGGAGUGAACCAGAAGAGAUGCUUAGAUAACUUAGUUCUGCUAUUACAACAGCAGGGAGAGGAAGAAGGAGGGAGGAAUGACUGCUAAGUUUUUCUUUAGCUAGCCUGAGCUACUACUACAUGUACGGCAGUUUUUUCUCUCAGUUACCUCAUUUGCUGCUGCUGAUCUGCUGUGUUUUGCUUCUCCCCGAUGACUUCCUUUAUCUCAGCCUGGAUUUGGAGUGAAAGGUUUUGGCUUCCUGAAAAUGUCACUUGGGCGGACUUGGAGCAUCCACCACCUGGCGUGGAGUACCCCAUACUCUGGAACAUGCUGUAUGCCUUCCCUCUGGCUGCCGUAGUUUACUUUCUGAGACUGCUGUUUGAAAGGCUAGUGGCCAAGCCCUGUGCCCACAUACUUCAGAUUCAGGCGGGAGUGCCUCGGCAAGCUCAGCCCAAUGCUAUCCUGGAGAGGCUGUAUCAGUCCAAAGCGAGUCCAGAUGAAAGGCAACUGGAGGGACUCUCCAAGCAGCUGGACUGGGAUGUACGGAAAAUACAGAGAUGGUUUCGCGUCCGUCGGAACCAGGACAGGCCCAGCACACAGAAAAAGUUCUGUGAGAGCAUGUGGCGUUUCACUUUUUACCUGGCGAUUUUUAUUUAUGGCAUCAACCAUCUGUGGUCGACAUCGUGGAUGUGGGAUACCAGAGAGUGUUGGCAGAACUACCCUUUUCAGCCACUGAGUCCUGAACAGCACAGCUACUAUCUUGUAGAGCUGGCUUUUUAUUGGUCUCUGAUGUUUUCCCAGUUCAUAGACAUUAAAAGAAAGGAUUUCGUGAUUAUGCUUGUCCACCAUCUGGCUACCAUACUUCUCAUCACUUUCUCUUAUGGCAACAACAUGAUAAGAGCUGGCAGUAUGGUCAUGUGUGUGCAUGAUGCAUCUGACAUCUUCCUCGAGGCAGCCAAGAUGGCAAACUAUGCCAAGUACCAGAGGCUAUGUGAUGGCCUCUUUGUCUUCUUCAGCAUAAGCUUUUUCAUCUGUCGACUUGUCAUCUUUCCCUUCUGGAUUAUUCACAGUGUUCUGGUUGAGAGCUGGGAGAUUGCCGGGCCUUAUCGGGCCUGGUGGCUGUUGAAUGGGUUGCUGCUGGUCCUGCAGUGCCUUCACAUUAUCUGGUUCUACCUCAUCAUGGGCAUUGCCAUCAAAGCCAUUUUCAGGGGAAAGGUGGCGAAAGACGAUCGCAGUGACGUAGAGAGCAGCUCAGAAGAGGAGAUUUGUAGCAGUACAGACCCAAGCCGGAACCAAACCCUCAAGGGAAACAGUCGCACCAGUAACCUUAAUGGAGAAGCUCAUGACCACUGAGUACCAAAGAGGGGAUAUUUUAUUUCCAGUGUGGCCUUCAUUCACCAGCGUGCCUGUGAAACCCACCGUGUCACUGUGACCUUCUGAGAAGAACUGUUGCCCACUCAGAAAAAUGUGUUUUUCAAACAGAGGGAGGACCUGAACAGAGGAACUCCAGUUUUGGCAUACAGACUUUUAUAGUGUGAAGUUUACAUCUGCUGUUUGCUUACAGGAGUGGACAGCAACGUGUGUUUGUGUGUGUGUGUGUGUGUUCUUAAAGUUACACUAAACAGCACCAAAUGGAUGACUGCUCACACGGCUACUGCUGCAUAUGUACAUGUCAAUAAUUUCUAUUUUGAAACUUGGUAAAAUGUUUGACUAAUGAAAGAAGAAAUCACGUCAUUUGCCUUACUGAGUUAGGCUUUAGAAUACAAUUCCAAAUGCCAAAGAUGUCCUGAUUCAAAAAAACCAAAGAUUUCGUAAUAAAACAUUUGCAUCA